AUGGUUUCCAAUAUCAACGGAUAUGUCGGAGGUGCUGGGACACAUUCCAGAAAAAUCGAAGCUUUUGGUGAUGCAGCCGCUGGGUUCUGCCUCAAUCAAUGGUUCACGACACCAUUCAAUACACCUUGGCCACCUUGCCGUGAGGCCAAUUCAACAGGUCCAUCCACUGUGCUGCAUCUCGGUGAUGAUGCAGAUAAUUUUCUCGAAGAUCCUGAAGUAGUGGCACGUGCUGGGCUGAUCACAGAGAUCCUGCAGUGUUGCGGCUUGGUGGGCCCACCCGGUGUGCCCAACGAAGGCCGUGUGCUGCGGCCUUCCUCCGUAGUGGCUUUUGUGGCGCGGCACCGGCGCUUGGCGGCGCUGCGUGGCUUGGACGUGGCGAGGCCAAGGGUGGCAUUCCACUGGACGCAGGAGCGAAACUUUGAGGGCAUUGCCCGGGAUGGGCUCCAGGUCCCCGAUGGAGCAGGAGUUGCUGUUGCUCAUGGUUCUUCUUUUGGUUUGGGGGUUUAUGUCUCCCCGGAUUUUCGCUAUGGCAAGGAGCUCUUCGCCUAUGGUGCUCAGGCCGCCUUCAUGUGCCUUUCCCUUCCUGGACGGCAACAUUUUGGGAAACCCAGCGCUGCUGCCAUGGAAGGAUACGACAGUGUGGUGGGCCGAGAAGGACAACGCGGGGUGGACGAAUGGGUCUUCUUUCGCCAAGAUCAGCUUCUGCCAUGCUUCCUAGUCGAUGAGCUCGGAUUGAUCCUGGCGCGGGAAGCCGCACAAGCAGCGAUCAAGGUGUUGCAUCAGCCUUGGCCAGAUGGCCAGCCCUGCACAGAGGCUGCCAAGGAUGGGACAGAAGCUUUGGAGGCUCGCGCUUUUUUCACCUGGCUUAAACUUUUACAGACUAUAGAAGUCAACAUAUCCUUGGUUGUAUAA